AUGGAAAGUUAUGCCACUGUCAGCAAUUACAAAAAGAAAAUUAGAACUGUAUUUAUUUCCAUAUGCUUGCUGGGUUUGGUUCGAAAACUUCGAUUCAAGUCGGUCAUCCUCAAUCAAUUACAGAUAAUUAACUGGCUCUGGACAGUGAUAUGGAGCUAUGUCGAUAUAUUCUUAAUAUCGCUGUUUAUUUGCUUUACCUAUAGACUUGAACAAAUCGAAAAUAAGAUUGAGUUAAUGGUGAGCAACAAGGUUGAAGAUAUCAGUCGCUGGAAAGAAAUACGUGAGCACUUUGUAAAGCUAACCGAUCUGUGCUUUCAAAUAGAACACUGUAUUUCUCCACUUUUAUUAAUUUCGUUUGCCAACAAGUUGUAUACUGUUAUAUAUCAACUUCUUGGGAUAUUGAGCGGAAGCACGUAUGGUAUUGAAUAUUCGACUGAACUAAUAAAUCGCUUCUAUUACGGAUUUUCAUUUUUCUACAUUUUAUUGCGAUUAGGCGGAGUGAUUAUGUUUGGAUCGCAAAUAUACACGAAAAAUCACGAUAUUGCAAUGAAAUUGUUUGAAGCUCCAGGCAAGAUUUACAACAUUGAGAUUGAUAGAUUUAUCACUCACAUAAUCAUUUGCCCUCCAGCUAUAACAGGUGGAAAAAUGUUUCAACUAAAAAAAUGUCUUAUUUUGAAGCUAUUAAUGCACAUUAAUAUAAAUGAUGAAAUGGUUUCCACUAAUCCAGAAAUGACAAUAUCGAAGUGCCUAAAGAAGUUAUUACUACUAGGCCAAAUUUUCGGCUUUUUUCCCGUUCAGGAUAUCAAUAAACCUACUCAAAAAUUUGCUUGUAAGUCCUUUCGAAUGCUGUACUCAGUGUUUUCGAUGUGUGGCUCCUUAUUUCUCUGCAUAAUGCAGCUAAACAAAGCGGUGAAACAGAGCAUUGGCAUUGAUCAGAUAGAUUACAUAGCAAAGUAUGUUUCGUCAGCUUAUGUAGCUAUCGUCUUUAUUGGCUUAGCCAGACAGUGGCCCCAUUUGAUGGCCGAAUGGACAAGAGUUGAGCAAAAAAUGCAUAAAUAUGGAUUUCCCAAGAAGUUGAACAAACAAGUAACUAUAAUAAUAUCGUUUUUUAUGACUGCAUUUUUAGUGGAGUAUGUAUUACACCAAGCCAGUAGAAUUGAUAGAGUAAUGGAGUGUCAAAGUGAUAAGGACAGAGCAAUACAAUUUUUCUUUGGAAACUUGACUUUGUCUCAUGUAUUUCAAUACAUACCAUAUAAUAUUCCAACAAGCUUGAUAUUUCAAUACUGGGUUUAUCAAAUGGAAUUUGGCUUCACUUAUACAGAUAUAUUCGUUACGGUUAUAAGUAUGUGCUUGGCUGAAAGAAUGCGACAAGUGACCAAAAGAGUUAAAUUAGCAUGUGCCAAAGAGAUUGCCGACGAACAAAUUUGGAAAGAGAUCCGUAAAGACUACACCAGGCUGCAAAGUUUAAUUGAAUUAGUUAACGACAAAAUAUCGAACAUAAUUUUGAUUUCUUUUCUUCCAAACAUUUUCACCAUACUGACUCAAGUCUACAGCACACUAAAGCCGAAGCACAACAAUACAGAAGCGGUGUAUUUUUAUUUUUCACUGAUAUUCUUGGUGUCUAGAACGGUGACUGUGUGCAUAUGUGGAGCGAAAGUGAAUGAGGAGAGCAGAAGACCUUUAAAUAUUUUGAAUUCUGUACCGCACACUAUUUAUAAUGAUGAGAUUGAGAUAUUUAUUAGUCAGAUAUCCAACUUUGAAAUUGCUAUGAAUGGAAAACACUUUUUUAACAUAAAGAAGAAUGUCAUUUUAGAGUUAGCAGGAGCUAUAGUAACUUAUGAACUGGUGUUAAUUCAGUUCAAUCAAGAAAGCUUAAACUCUUGGUCAAGAUCUACCAGAUGUUCAUUUUAUGUUGAAAUAGUAGCCAUUUUACAAACAUUCAACUUUAUGCAUCUCACCCACUCUUGGAAACAGAUAGUUUAUGAAUGGGAAGUUCUGGAAAAAUCAAUGAUGCAUUAUAAAGGGCCCUACGUAAACCUGGAGAAGACCAUGAAAAUUAUUAUGGGUGUUUUGCUUCUCUUUCUGAUAGUCUUAAACGUAUUUACAUUUUUAGGGGAAUGUGUAGUAUUGACAAAAUUGUACGAACUGUAUACACCUUAUGGUCAGCAAUCUUUUCCAGCAACUAUUACCAGUACAGUUUAUUACAUUGGUCUCGCACAACGAGAAUUUAUUUGGGUGUUCAAAGAUAUUUUGAUAAUAAUUGUUAGCAUUUGCUUUACGUUCCGACUCCGACAAUUGAAAGAACGAGUGUUUUUUAUAAUCCAAAUGCGAAUAAAUAAUGUUGAGGUUUGGCGUGCUACACGUGAAGACUACGCCAAGCUCUUAAGUCUAUGCGAAACAAUUAACAACAAGUUUUGUUGGCUGAUAGUAAUAUCCUAUUUUCAGAAUAUCCAAUAUCUGCUGUUGGGCAUAUUUUCCGCGGUAGUGCAUCAUGACAAUUGCCCUACAAGUAAACAGUUUACAAAGGAAAUCCAGCUUUACGGGAUAUCCUCAAUGAUAAUCCGGUUAAUCCUAGUAAGUUUUAUUGGGGGCUCCAUAAACAGUGAGAACGAAAACCUUAUAGACCUGUUAACUUCCGUUCCUUCAAACAUGUAUAAUAAAGAGGUUGAGCGAUUUCUAAAUCAUGUGGCUUCUAGGGAAAUGAUUUUAACAGGAGGUAACUACUUUAAGAUCACUCGCAGCCUUAUAUUGCAGAUAGCCAAUGCCCUGGUGACCUAUGAAUUGGUGAGUAUCCAAUUUGUCCAAAAUUUCAAGCACAUUGAGUAGUAUGUACCUGCUUCUCUGUGGAUGCAGCCGACUUACAAUUUAUGAGCAAAUGGUUUAAUAAAUAAGAGAACAAAUA